AAACACGCUCUCUCAAUGGGGAGCUCAUUAUUUUGAAGCCUACCUGUUGGAGCUCGUUGCGGGGGAGGCUGCUGUCACAGUCCCACGCUGAUCGCGGACCUGCGGGACGGCAACUGCGCUGCGAGGGGAUCAAAAACAGCCCCAAACAUGGCUCCAAUAAGUCUAUUAUCACUCUGUGUCGUUUUGACUGUCUACUACAGGACGCAAACAUGCAAUGGAUUUAAUAUAGACGAGCGCUUUCCGGUGAUUAAGGAGGGAAAAACCAAAGGGAGCUUCUUUGGAUUCUCAGUAGCCCUGCAUAAACAGACGGAAGGCUCCAAGAAAUACCUACUCCUAGCGGGAGCACCCAAGGAGAAAGCUCUUUCUCUACAAAAUGUGAAUGAAACGGGGGCUGUCUACUCCUGUCCCAUCACCACAGAGAGCACAGACUGCACCAGAAUGGCCUUGAUCACCUCAACAAAUCCAUCAGAGAUGGUAGAGGGCAUGUGGCUGGGAGUGACAGUGGCCAGCCAGAGGGACCAGUCGGGGGGACGCGUGCUGGCAUGCGGGCAUCGUUACGUGAAGAUCAUCCAAGGUGGCACAGAGGAGCAGCGGCGCAUGGUGGGGAAGUGCUUUGUUAGAGGCAACGACUUGACCUUUGACCCCAAUGAUUAUUGGCAGGCCCACCCCUAUGAGGUCUGCAACCCCAGCUUUGGCAUGGAUAUGGAGGGCAUGUGCAACAUGGGCAUCUCAGCUGGCAUGACUGACACUGAUGUCUACAUCGGCUGUACAGGCAGCUUUGUGUGGCAGGGCAAUGUGCAUGUGACAUGGAGAGACCCGGAUCCAGGAAAUGCCUGGGACUCCAAUGUCAAAGACUUUCAACAGCUGAACAAAAGAAACAGUUAUAUGGGUUAUUCAGUCCUGGAAGACAGGAGGUUGCUAAGCCGCAGCGAUUACACGGUGGUGACAGGGUCUCCCAGGGAUGAGUCCAAGGGCUCUGUGACACUGGGGAGGAAGGAUGACAACAAGAUCGUGCCAGAUUUGGUCAUCCCCGGGGAACAAGUGGGCUCGUACUUCGGGAACAGCCUGGCUGUCACCGACCUCAACAAUGACGACUGGAAUGACCUGAUCGUGGGCGCUCCAUUUUACUUUGACCGUAUGAAGGACGAGGGAGGAGCGGUCUAUGUGUUCAUGAAUGAGAAUGGAUCUUUCCAAAAGAGUGCCAGCUUAAUACUGAAGGGUCCCACAGCCUCUGCAUUUGGCUUUGCAGUGGCCGCCAUCGGUGACAUCAACCAAGAUGGAUUCCAAGACUUUGCAGUUGGCGCCCCAUUCCAUGAGACAGGCAAGGUCUACAUAUGGAUGGGAAAUAAGAAAGGAAUCUCAGUGGAACCUAGUCAGGUGAUUGAGGGUAAAACAGUGGGUAACGGAGGGUUCAAAACCUUUGGUUACUCCAUCAAUGGAGGGAUGGACAUGGAUGGCAAUAAAUACCCUGACAUCCUAGUUGGCUCCUUGGAUGACCGCGUUGCCCUGCUGAGGGCUCGACCAGUCAUCCACUUAUCUAAGAACUUCUCUGUCAAACCAAAGAUUGUCGACCCAAAUCAGUGUCCUCCUGCAAAUAAACCAUGUAUCACAGUGACUGUGUGCUUUUCCUACACACUAAGCAAUGGCAACAAAGACUUCAAGAAAAAUAUCACUGUGAAGUACACAGUGGAGGCAGACAUGGAGAGGAGAAGGAGCCCUCGUGUUCGUUUCCUGACCAACAAAGCUGACACGUUCACCGGCCUGCUCAACUUAACCUCUCCCAAAUCCAAAUGUCAAGAGCUGGGCCUCACUGUGAUGGCGCCUGUUAGGGACAAACUGGAGCCAGUGGUCUUUUCCCUCAACAUCUCCCUACAUGAGCAGAAACCAAAAUCCAAACGUUCCCUGCAGAACCUGGACUCCUUCCCAAUCCUCAGCCUGAAAGAGGAACUCACCAAAAGAGAUGAGAUUAACUUCCAGAAGGCAUGUGGAUCAGACAACAAAUGCACCAGUAACCUGCAGCUGACAGCUAAGUUUGCGAGUCAGAAGCAAAUGCCGUACCCAAGGCAGGGUAAACACCAGGUGCUUCAGUAUAACAGCACCGUGAAGAAGGUGAUGCUGAUGGUGGAGGUGACCAACCUCCCCGCUCCAGGCAGGCUGGCAGAGGACGCCCACCAGGCCAUGCUCAACAUCACCAUCCCCGACACCCUGAGGUACUCAGGUGUCAGGUCGACGGACAACGAUGUAGAGUGCCAUCUAGAAGGAACAGUGAUUUGUGAGCUGGGGAAUCCGUUAAAAGGCAGGGAGAGGGUGUCGCUGCAGCUCAUCUUUGAGACAACGGGGAUUAAUCUGUACACACAAGAGAUCGAGUCCAGUCUGCUGCUGUCCACUCUUAGUGAGCAGAAGGACCUGAAUCCUGUGCCUGUGGUCCUGCUGAUCGAGAACACCAUUCUCACCUCCUUCUCCAUAGAAAAGCCUGUGGUGCAAACUUACUUCAGCGGGAAGGUGAUGGGCGAGUCGGCCAUGGUCAACACCAGUGACGUUGGUAGUCUGGUGGAGUAUACGUUCAGUGUGGCAAUUUUAGGGCAGGCUCUGGGGGGCAUGGGGGCCCUGGCCGUGGAGUUCGAGUGGCCCUUUGAAGUAGCCAACGGCAAGUGGCUGCUGUACUUGACAGAGAUCGUCUACAAGGGGACGUCAGAGACACACUGUGUCCCUCCUGGAGACGUCGUCAACCUGCUGAAUCUCACUUUGUCAGAGGGCAGGGGGAAGCGCACCAAACGGCAGAUCCUGGUGAAUGAUGCUGACGAUGCGGCCCAGGCACAGAUCAUCGAGCCACAGGCAGCAAUCACACUGCUCACACCUCGUAAAGAGACCUACCUGUUGGAUUGCUCAGAGAGGACUGCACGCUGUGUGACCUUCACCUGCCCCCUGAUCAACAUGACCAACUAUGCCAAGAUUAUCGUGAGGUCCCGUGUCUGGAAUAGCACAAUGCUAGAGGACUAUUCCAACGCUCUGAGGGUCAAGGUCAAGGGUAAAGCCACAUUGAAACUCAUCACAGACAAACCAACCAUCAAGAUGAAUAGUGAGACCAGAGAGUUCACAGUGAACAUAGACCCAGUGCUGGGAGAGGAGAAGCGCUAUGAGGUCCGACUGUGGAUCAUCAUCGUUGCUGCUGUCGCAGGGAUUCUCUUGCUAGGCAUCAUCAGCCUCAUACUGUGGAAGUGUGGCUUCUUCCGGAGGGCCAGCAGGAGAGAGAUGUAUGAGGCCAAAGCCCAGAAAGCUGAGAUGAAGAUCCAGCCCUCUGAGACAGAGAGGCUGACUGAGGACUACUGAGACCAGUGGGCCCCUCCCCUGCAGUGGGGCCCACCAGCACACAUCAGCAGGGGUUUUGGUUUGGAUUCUUCAAGCGAGCCAUCUACUACCGGAUAAUGCCAAAGCACCAAGGGGUGAAGAUCCGCAAGGCUGACCGCUAUCAGUUCAAUCUUGGCUUUCAGCCCGAGGAGCCACAGAAAAAGUAUUGGAUCACCAACUGGACAGAGAUGCAGCAUUACUACUACUGAACCUUUUAACCCUUAACUCUUCACCUUCACACUGUUGGCCAAACAAACUGGACUUGAUCAAGCCACAUGGGCCUCGCAGCACAUGGACCAAUUUUGGAUAGUGCAUUCAAUUUGGAACUUUAUUGUUUGUAAGAUUUGUAGUAGAUUCCAUCAAGUCUUUUUUUUAGUGCAAUAUACUGAACAUUUUUUGUUUCAGAGAUUGUAAAAUGUUAAGUAUUUUUUAUGAAUGCAGUGUUGUACAUUGGAAUCGGGGCUACAUUUAAGAGUAAGGCUGUUGUAAAUUGAUUCUGUUGCAGAUUUUAUGUGCUGAAUUUUGCUUUUUGCAUGUGUAUUUUCAUUUCUUGUUUUCUUUUUUUUAUUCCUUAAUCCACUGAGCAACGUUGCUGGCCAUUCAUCAUGUCUGUUUCCUCUCGAAUCAGGGUAAUGAGUCUGUUGAUUUUCUUUUUGAUUGUAAAUGUUCCUGUGGCUCUGUCUCCAAAUAUCACCUUGUGGUCAGCUGUUACACACCAUAUAUGGUUGUUAAAUCUAUAGCAGUAGUUUGGGAUAUCAAAAAAUAUGUUGACCACUUUGUUUUGAGCGAUCACUCUGUUUUGAGUGAACAACGAGAGUGCCUUAUUUGAAUGUGCAAGCGGCUCCAACACAGCUUGCAGAACUGCAGAACUUGACAGUAUUUGUCAGACUUAGUGGAAAAUAUGAUCUCCCUGAUUUCAGGGAAUAACUACAGAGCACAUUAUAGAGGUACAGAGAGAAAUUACAUAACAGUUUGUGCAUAAUGGAUUUUAGCUCAGCUUGGCAUUCUGUAGUUGUAUCCCAUGAAAUUCAAUUCUUAUUUUCCCCUGUUAAGCACUCAAGAAACAGUAGAGCAUUAGGUGCCUUUUUGUUGAUGGGAUGGCGGGAGUAGACUUGAAUUCUCAGUGGCCCUUGUGAUUAUUAUUUAUUACACUGUUUUAUGUGAUUACAGUAGUGUACCUGUCUGGAUAUCCUCAAGAAAUCACUUAUAGGGAGUCACAACACUGGACUAAAUAAGGUACGAUACUGUAUCUGUCUGGAGGUUUCAUUAUAUUAGUAAGCUCCAGUAUAAAUUGUAGAUAAUGACAUGGUACAUUCAAUUAUGAUAUUGAAAUAUGAUUCUGUGGACUAUUUGAAAGAAUGCAUAUUUCAUUUGCUUGUGUUGUUUGCUGUCCCUGUGCUCCAUAUUGCCGUGCAAGUCGCUUCACGGACGCUUGGAUUGUUUCCAAGCCAUUGUGGCCCCCAUUGAGGUCAACUUCCAGCACUGGAAAUAGACUGGACCAGCAGGAGACAGUCAUCAAAUGGUCUCUGGUGGGACUAAGUGUUGCGUUACCCAUACAGUCUCUUUGUCACCUGAGAGCCCACAGGUAUUCUGUGGUGAGACUCUCUAUCUGUGGCCGUUACAGAGGCUCCAUUGACUCAGUCAGUGAAGAGGGAAGGGCUGAAACCGAUGCACAAACUCCCCUCUCUUUGGUGGUGUUGUUUUUUUACUGUGCAGUUUCAAUGUAAUUAAACUGUUUGUAA